CUAAAUAAAUUCGAUGAACAGAGAGAAGAAGGAGUAUAUUUCCUGUGAUAUACACGGAGACUGCUCGCAUAUAAAUUUAGUAAAACGGGAAAUAGAUAUAAAUCUUCCGCCUUUGUAAUAUGUUAGCGAUUUAUUAUCCAUAAGUGUAUUUUACAUAGUGUACAUACUGUGAUGUAAUUUUCUUGUUUUCAAAUAGUUUAUGGAUUGAUUUCAACUGUAUUUGACAUGAAUAUGUUCCGCAUUGUUUUGCAUUUAUUCCACUUCCUUUCAUGGUUUGUACAAGAAUCACACAGUCAUAAAGGAUUUUGUCAAUCAAGGAAUCCAGUUGUAAAAAUUUGUACGGACCAUGUCUUGGCAAAGAAAAGUACUGUCUUCCUUGAUACAGUUAGUGUGCCGACAUUUCAGCACACCUCAUGUAAAUGUAUUAUAUCCCCUUUUAAGUAUGAAGUUGGAUACACAUUGACUGUAUAUGGACAAAAUUACACGAAUGGCAUGAAGUUUGAAAUAAAAGAUAUUGUGAUAAAUGAAACUGGCAGUAGAAAAAAUACAUAUCUUACUCGUGAAACUCCGAUUUACUUUUCCACUCCUGAAGAUUAUACAACUGGAGGAACCUGUGUAAUUGUUGAUACAGACGACAGGUCCUUCUUUAAUAUAACUUGUAAGAAAAGCACAACAUUCUCAACAGAACAAAGUCAAUCUACAACAACAAGAAAGGCUACAGGGUCCAGCACAUCUACAACAACGAAAAAGCCUACAGUAACCAGUAUAUCUACGGGAAAGGUAAUAACAUUAAGCAUAUCCUCAUCAUCGAAAGGAGUUACAGAGGCAAAUUCAAAUACAGGACCAGAUGAAGAAACAAGACAAGUCAAUCAUAUUAUUCCACUUGUUACAGCAAUAUCUGGCAUUGUCUGUUUGGCUAUUGUUAUAGCUGUAAUCAUUUUCUGCAAAAGGAGAAAAACACGGAAUAGACCAAUGGUUAAUAGUUCCAAAUCAACUGCCGAGCAGGAGCAGGAAAACAACUAUUAUAUGACAGAAAAUCCGAUGUACAAUGUCAAUGUAAUAGAGACUCAACCAGAUGCAGAACAUACUGAAAAUGUGUAUCAUUAUAUAGAACACAAUCAGCUAGAUAGUCGAAGACAAACGGUUCAGUAUGAAAGUCUCCCGGACUCUCCAGUGGGGAAACAUCUUCCAACAAAUGUAUCUAAACAUAAUCAGAAUUAUGACUACACAACAUGCCAGGAAAUUGAAUAUGUAGCAGGAAAUACAAACAAACUGGAUACUGGAAACGAAACAGGGAAGAUGUCAAGCGAAAAGGUGGAUGCUGGUGAAAUCAUGUAUGAUAGAACUGAUAAAGCUGCAGUUAAUCAAUUUUCAGGAAUGAAUGAAUACCAUCAUCUAAGGCCCGAUGGUUCAAGUGAGAAGUUUGUUUUGGAUACAUAUGAUACUAUUGGAAAAGUUGGUGAAAAGGAAGAGGAGCAAAAAGAGCCCGAGUACGAUGUCACACAUUCACGUUGAUAAAGUGAUUUAAAAUGACGGGAUUUAAGCCGGUUUCAAAAGCUCAUUAGAGCUUAUGUUAUUUGUUACAUUUGCACCGACUUUGUAAAUAAAAUUUACUUGACUUGACCUUAAGCCUUGGAAUGCAACUGGUACACUAUUUAGAUUUUACAUUAGUUUUUGCGUUCUUCCAAAUUAGGUAACGUUACUAAGGAAAUACUGAUUUAAAUCUUUCUACUAAACACUUAAUUUUGAACUUAUGUAUCCAUUUACGCAUCCUGGUAUGGAAAAGUCUAGGAUUUCCUUGUUAACACUUUAUUUUGAAAAUUAAUCAUGUUGAGUGAAUAUAGAAUGUUUUUUCAUCAAGAAGUGAGACAGUUUAUAUAUAGAGCUAAGCUUAUUAUUAUUUUUUUUAGAUUGAAAUACGCACUUUGCUCCGAAUUUCAGUCUCAACCCGGGAAAUAGACACGUAUAACAUUAGACGUCUUGUGACGUGAUAAAGACGCAAGCGACACAAACUUAUAUUUCAUUUCGUUACUGACAGCAGGACAUUACGCAAUUCUCGUUAAGUAACUUUAUCUGAAUCGAGAAAUACAGCAUGACUGCAAAUUUCAUCCGGCUUCACGAGAAAAAUAAAAAUCAAUACACAAUGUACAAUUAAAUUGACAAAUGCAGUGAUUGUUAUGUGUAAUAUUUCAUUGAGAAACACAGUAUUUUACCAAGUAGCAUAAUGGUUAAAAACAAGGACAAAUGGCAAAUAGGGAAUGCCAUGUACCAAAAACGCAACCACCCAAAAACGAAACCCACAGCAUGCAGACGUGCACACUACAAACAAACGCACACACGCCGCACGCACGCAUGCACACAGGCACGCACGUACGCACACAUAAGACACACACGCAUGCAAAGCAAACACACGAGGACAAAACGGAACACAGUUGGGCACCGCCUUAGAACGGUCAGUGGCAAAAACACCACUGGGGAGGUUAAACCGGUUUAUAGUGCACACCCGACCUCACUCUUACCCGACCAUGUUCCAACGAAAUAAAAGCAAUAUACGCCAGGUGAAUAUCUAACAUAUACACAUACUCAUAAGAAAAUGGUAUUUUAACAAAUCCGUAACAUAGAUAUUACUGAAUUUGCAGCUGUUUCUUUACCAAAACAGAUAUAAAUUCUUCACUAUUUUAAAGAUUUUCAAAGGUUAUAGUUUGAAAUUUUUGGAUUUUUAAUUUUAUUGCCAAAAUCAUUUAUUUUUCUGACUCAUGACAAACAUGACAAAAUUGAUUAAACUACAUCUUUUGAUUAAAAAAAAUGCUUUUAUGCCAGCUGAGGUAUGUAACUAUAAGUCAACAAAUAAAGUUAAAAUUGAAUUUUACAAUUUAAAAGUGUCCAAAAUCUGGAUGAUAACAUAAUUAUGAUAAUAUGUAAUAUACAAUUACCCUACCAAAACUAUCUUUACUAAACCUUCAUAUUUUAUUAUCAAAAAUAAUCCCUUUACUUCAAUCGGAGUUUGUUGUUGAUGGCAAAUCUUGAAAAAUCUUUGUUAUGGAAAAGGUGGAUAAAAUUUAGCGAUUCCAUUCCACGUGACAUGUCAAAA